CAGGGUCUGCAGCACAAGACUAGCUGAAAAAGCAAAAUAUUGGCUUGCAACAAUCCUGUUUGUGGAAGAGAGCAUCAUGGAUUCAGCAAAUUCAGAAAUCAAGAAGAGAAACAGAAACUGGUCAGACCAAGAAAUCUUCACAGUUUGCUCAUUCGUGACAGAGAAGCACCAGCUUCUCUUUGGAAACUCUGGGCACUGUACACAGACGGUAGAGGAAAGGAAGAAAAAAACCUGGGAAGAAUGUGAACAAUUGCUACUUCUGAAUCAUGGAACAUCAAGAUGUUGGAAGGACAUUAAGCGGAAAUGGAGUGAUUUGAAGAUUAGAGCUAAUAAAUAUGUAGUUGAGAAGAAUAAGACAGGAGGAGGACCAUUCAAUCUUAAUUCUGUGUUUGAGGCCGUAUUAGAUGCACAAUGCCAGCAGGCUAUAAGUGGGAUAUUCGGAAACGAGAUAGAGGCUGGACUCCCAUCAUCACAGGACACAGAUUCUGAGACAGCAGCUGCCCAGAUUUUUACUACAAUGGCAACUAGUGUGCAACCAUCUGUGCCAUCUCUACCCAGUAUCCCAGUUACCGGUAUUCCUGUUCGCACAAUUGCCACCUAUCCUUCAACUUCAAGAACCACUCAGGCCACUAAGAAGAGAAAAGUUCAGCACAACUCAUAUGAGGAAGAGUCCUUAAAGCUAAAAAAACAAAGAAUUGAGUUGGAAAAAAGAAAACUAGUGUUGCAAGAGAGAUGUGUCGUUGCCCUUGAAGAAAUAAGAGAUAUGAUCAGGCAAUUCGUUGAAAAGGAGUGUUAAUCAGAGUGGUUUGUGACCCACAGAUCUUGCCUGAUUUCUCUUGCAAAACUAGUUUUUUUUUUCAAAUCAAUUCUUUCUUUUUUAAUUUAAAGGUUUCCACAAAGAAAAAUUGUUUUAAGAAUUUCUUUUGAUUUUUUCAUCUUUUGUUUCUCUUUUUUUUCAUUGGAAAUUAUAACAGACCAUUUAACAACUAAAUUAAACCCUAAAUUAAUUAAACAGACCAAUCAGAACAAAAAACGCUUUUAUGAAUUUCAUCUUCGAUAGACUUUGUACACAAAGUAUAAAAAUGAGCCAUUUUCGGCUUGACAUUGUCUCGUAUAAAGUCACAUGGCGUCGCGAUGCUAUACCCGUAUAUGGCAAAAUUGGUCUCAAAAGUUGCACGAGACUUAAAAGUAAAAAGUCAUAACAUUUUGCGGCACUAUAUUUUUUGCGUUUCGGAAAUAUUGCGCAAAGCGUUGAGGGGGCCAUCAGUCCUUUUAGGGGUUAAAGGGGAAUCCAACCCAAAUAAAAACUAUGGGAAAGUUGUCCUUGCCACUUGUCAUAAUUUACUUACCUAGUUGCCAAUUUGAAUCUACAUAGUAUUAGUGAUCUCAAUUUUAAAGCAGCUAUAACUUUCUUAUUGCUUGUCCGAUUUCUUUCAAACUUUCACCAUUCUGUUUAAUUUAUUUUUCUCCUUCCCAACACAACAUUUUAUGGCCAAGGCUGGAUUCCCCUUUAAGGGUAUUUUAUCUCACUGGUUUUAACAGAGAUAAGAUAUCUUAUUUUAUAUGAGAUGAAAUGGAUCUCAGAAUACCACCCCUGGUCUAUACUGAACUUCGUUCAUGCAAGAGAAAAAUGAUUCAGAAUAGCAUUCAGGUUUUUCAAAACUUGAAUGAAAGGUAAAACCCGUACAUCACAGAAUAAACAGCCCAUACAAUUAUUGAUUAUUUACCAUCAUUUUAUCACAUUUUGAUAGAUGAUAACCUGUAUAAUUGAAAAGUUAAAGGUCAAGUUCACCUCAGAAAAAUGUUAAUUUGAAUCAAUAGAGAAAUAUCAGACAAGCAUAUUGCUAAAAAAUUCAUCAAAAUCGGAUGUAAAAUAAGAAAGUUACGACAUUUUAAAGUUUUGCUUAUUUAGUCACAUGCAAACGAGAGAAUCGAUGAUGUCCCUCACUCACUAUUUCUUUUGUUUAUUAUUGUUCGAAUUAUACAGUAUUUUAAUUUUGGCAGAUCUGACAAUGAGGACAAACUUGACUGAACUAUAAAAUAUUAAGCAGUGGUAAUUCCAGGGAGAAAUAAAACUCUGUUUCACUUGACAAUGAGGAGAAAAUCAAAAUAUUUCAUUUUUCAUAUGAUAAAAUACAAAAGAAAUAGUGAGUGAGUGAUGUCAUCAGUUCCCUCAUUCGCAUACCAACCGAGAUGUGCCUAAACUAUUUUGUGAAAUUAAGCGAAAAUUUAAAAUGUCAUAACUUAUUUUACAUCUUAUGUUUGGUUGGAUUUUUUUCUUUUUACUCAAAUCAACAUUUUGUUUGGGUGGACUUGUCCUUUAAGAAUGUCCUGUUUCACUUCAUGCUGAUUUUAAUAUAUUGCUUUCUCAUCACAAUGUGUAAAGUUAUGUCUAAACUUAUUGCUUCCUUCAGUCCAAUGCUUUGUAAUUGUCUGUUCAACAUAUAUAAUGAACUGUAAUUCAUGUCUCAAAUGUCCUUACAAUAUCUGUACGCACAGCUGUGCCUGUAGGGUCCACUUCUCUGUUAAUGUCAGCCCCAUUGGCACCAACACAGCCAUCUUCCACAGCCUGCCUCUGAUCCUCAUCAUCACUAUCCUCAUCUGAGUCGUCAGCAUCAUUCCGUUCCCUUUGUAGAUCCUUGCUUAUGUUAAAUAACACACAGCAAGCUGUAAUUAUUGGGCAUACACGUUCUGGUUGAAUCUGCAUGCCAUGGCCUAAUAAGCACCGAAAUUUAUUUUUAAGCUGACCAUUGACAUCUUCAAUCAUGACACGGGUUCUUCUGUGUGCCCUACAGAUGGUUUAAAUGAAAAUAGAAAAAAAAUGAAUAUUUAAAUCGUAUUCAUGGUGUUUGAACAGUAUAUGGAUGAAUAAGUGAAUAAAUGGACUCAUCCACAACCUAUGUGGUGGAAGUGUCUAUUAUUUGUUCAAUAAUCCAUCUAUCACCCCCUUCAAUUAUAAUCUUAUAAUUUCAGGAUAACUUGUACAUCAACUGAAAUAUAGAGGUGAUCUAAAUUGUACAAUGUAAAAUAUCUGCACCCAUUUAUUGUAAAGAGUUAGUUUUUGUCUUGCCUUGCAUAGCAGAGUGAGACAAUAGGCACCAUUUUCUGACCGCAACAGCAAUGGUGGCGUCAACAUUGAAAUCCUAACCCAAGAUUAAGUUUAUAAAAUGUCAUCAUAAAUUAGACAGUAUAUGGACCUAGUUCAAGUAACUUAGAUACAAGGGUGAUCAACUAUUACUGAAUAUCCUUUCCGAGUUUCAGUUCACGUGACCAAGGUCAAACGUCAUUUAGGGUCAAUGAAUUUUUGAUAUGUUCCACUUGUUUUCUCAUUGAAUACCAAAAAUAAUCCCCUUUUCACUCUCUCAAUUAAAAUUAUAAUACUUGCAAUGAUGUAACUUCUGAAGGUUUUCAUGGUGAAGAAGAAUAGUGUAGUAGGUACAUGGUGUACUGUGAAACCUACUACACUAGAAAUAGGUUUUCAUUUAAACUACUUAUAUAUUCAUUUUAUUCAUUUAAUUCAAAAUUCACAAUUUGAAGUGUCUUUGAAUUUCAAUAAGAAUCUUUUUUUA